AUGAAAAAUACCAAUGAGCUAUCUGAUUAUCUUAGCAUAAGAAAUGCACUUUUCUCUGAAGUGGGCAUUGGGAUCUCAGCCAACACCAUCCUUCUUCUCUUCCACACCUUCACGUUCCUUCUCCAGCACAGGCUCAAGCCCACCAACCUCAUCAUUGGGCUCUUGGCCCUAACUCACAUAGGAAUGCUGACAAUUAUGGGUUACAUAGCUACUAAUGUUUAUGUGUCUCAGGAUCUUUGGGAUGACAUCAAAUGUAAAUCAAUCAUCUACUUGCACAGGUGUUUGAGGGGAUUCUCCAUUUGUGCCACCUGCCUGCUGAGUGUCCUCCAGGCCAUCACCCUCAGUCCUAGAAGCUCCUGCCUGGCAAAGUUUAAACACAAAUCUCCACAUCAGAUCCUGUGCUCCCUUUUGUUCCUGUGGGUGUUCUACAUGUCCUUGAGUGCUCAGUUCUCAUUCUCUUCUACUGCCAUCUCCAAUGUGACCUCACGUGGUCUUGUCUUUAUUGCUGAAUCCUGCAAAUUUUUACAAAUGAGUUACUUCCUCAGGCAUUUAUUUUCCAUAUUGGGUGCAUUCCGGGAUGUCUUUCUUAUACAACUCAUGGCCCUCUCAAGUGGGUACAUGGUGGUUCUCUUGUGCAAGCAUAAGAGGAACGUCGAGCACCUUCACAGUCUGUCUUCAAAAGCAUCCCAUGUAGAGAGGGCCACCUGUACCAUCCUUCUGCUCAUGAGUUUCUUUAUCCUCAUGUACUGUUUGGACUGUAUCUUCUCAUCCUCAAGAACUGUGUGGAACAAUGACCAUGUUUGUCAUUCUAUCCAGACAAUGUUGUCCAAUGCCUAUGCCACAACCAGUCCUUUCUUGCUCCUCUCUUCUGAAAAACAAAUUAUUAACUUCUUGAAAUCAUUUUUGGGGAAGAGAGCACAAAUUUAA